GGAUUCUUCCUGGCCCUCUCCAUCGUUCCCAUCGGCUUCCUCUUGUACAAGUUCACUGGCCCUGGCAACUACGAGCACAAGUACUUGACCCGCGUCAUUAACAGCUACGACGGAUACCGCAAGGACGCAGCUCACAUCGCCGCUCUCCACACGGAUGCUCUUGAGCAGGCCGCCGCCGACCGUAACCUGUUCGCCAAUUCUCAGCGCCAACAGAACGUCCAGCUGAAGUUCCCCGAGAUUCUCAACACUGGAGCGCCUCACAACGUGCCCGCCGGCCACUACGCCGACAUGUCACAGGUCAUCGCAAAGUUCGAGAAGGAAUCCUACGAGGCCAACGCCAAGAAGCUCCAACAGAUCAAGGACAACGCUGUGCCCAGCGAGCACCCUUUCAAGGGCGACCUUCCCACUGGCGCCCAGACUGUGUUGAUGUAG